AUGUCAGCACAAGUGCCAGUGACAGUGCCAGCACAAGUGCCAGUGUCAGCACAAGUGCCAGUGCCAGCACAAGUGCCAGUGUCAGCACAAGUGCCAGUGUCAGCACAAGUGCCAGUGCCAGCACAAGUGCCAGUGUCAGCACAAGUGCCAGUGUCAGCACAAGUGCCAGUGCCAGCACAAGUGCCAGUGUCAGCACAAGUGCCAGUGCCAGCACAAGUGCCAGUGUCAGCACAAGUGCCAGUACCAGCACAAGUGCCAGUGUCAGCACAAGUGCCAGUGUCAGCACAAGUGCCAGUGCCAGCACAAGUGCCAGUGUCAGCACAAGUGCCAGUGUCAACACAAGUGCCAGCACAAGUGCCAGUGCCAGCACAAGUGCUAGUACCAGCACAAGUGCCAGUGCCAGCACAAGUGCCAGUGCCAGCACAAGUGCCAGUGCCAGUGCCAGCACAAGUGCCAGUGCCAGCACAAGUGCCAGUGCCAGUGCCAGCACAAGUGCCAGUGCCAGCACAAGUGCCAGUGCCAGCACAAGUGCCAGUGCCAGCACAAGUGCUAGUACCAGCACAAGUGCCAGUGCCAGCACAAGUGCCAGUGCCAGCACAAGUGCCAGUGCCAGCACAAGUGCCAGGGCCAGCACAAGUGCCAGUGCCAGCACAAGUGCCAGUGCCAUCACAAGUGCCAGUGCCAGCACAAGUGCCAGUGCCAGUGCCAGCACAAGUGCCAGCACAAGUGCCAGUGCCAGCACAAGUGCCAGCACAAGUGCCAGUGCCAGCACAAGUGCCAGCACAAGUGCCAGUGCCAGCACAAGUGCCAGUGCCAGCACAAGUGCUAGUACCAGCACAAGUGCUAGUACCAGCACAAGUGCCAGUACCAGCACAAGUGCCAGUGCCAGCACAAGUGCCAGUGCCAGCACAAGUGCUAGUACCAGCACAAGUGCCAGUACCAGCACAAGUGCCAGUACCAGCACAAGUGCCAGUGCCAGCACAAGUGCCAGCACAAUUGCCAGCACAAGUGCCAGUGCCAGCACAAGUGCCAGUGCCAGCACAAGUGCCAGCACAAGUGCCAGUGCCAGCACAAGUGCCAGUGCCAGCACAAGUGCCGUUGCAGCGGACCUUCACAGGAGUGACAAGUGUGUUCACCUCGACGCUGUUGCUCGUUACCAUGCAAAUGUGCCUGAGAGUCCCUCUGCCAGCUUACAUCUGGAGGCGCAGAAUACGCUUUACACUGCACUAUAUUUGUAGAUUUAGAUCCUAA